GGAGAUGGGCGAAGCAAGCUGCAGGGUCUGGAGGGGAGAGAGAAUAUGUGCUGCUGCCCUCUGGGACGCUCUUGAUCUCUCCUACCCUGGACUCCAGCUACCCUUCUGAAGAGGACUUGGAGGAAAUUGACGCUUCACUGAGGAAAAUGUGAGCUCCAUGACAAGAAGCAUCUUUUCUGACUUGGUUAUUAUUGAAGCUCCAGGGAUUAGAAGAGCAAACAGUCCUUACUUAACAUAUGACAAAUGGUCAAGCUACUGCCUUCCUCUUCAACAAAGUGCCCCUUCCUGAUGACAAGUUGGUACCUUUGCCUCUGGACAACAUUCCUCACCUUAUGGAUCCAUUAAAGCUUCUUCUGAAAACUCUGGGCAUUUCUGUUGAGCACCUUGUGGAGGGGCUAAAGAAGUGUGUGAAUGAGCUGGGACCAGAGGCUUCUGAAGCUGUGAAGAAACUGCUGGAGGCGCUAUCACACUUGGUGUGAUGUCAAGAUAAAGAAAGAGCAGAGGUGGCUGGGGAUGGAGGAUGAUGCUCCUAUCUUCCCUGGCUGAAAUGCAUUCUACCAAUUAUAGACUAAAUGCCCUAAAAUGUAGUGACCCGUGAAAAGGACAAAUAAAGCAAUGAAUAGAU